CUCCCGGUCCUCCCCACCCCCAUCCCUCCUCACGGUCACGGCACGGGACUCGCCUCCCCCCCUCCUCUUCCUCCCCUCCCGCCCACGGCUGGAGGUGCUCACAGCGAGCGGAGCGGAGGCGAGGGAUUCGGCCGCGCGCAUGGCGACGCCUCUCUGACCGAAGCUGCUCCACCCACUCGGCCAGGCGCGCCGUCCUCUCCUCUCCCCUCCCCUUAUCCUCUCGUUACAAAAUGGCGAUGAUGGUGGAUCCUCCGAAUGGAAUCGGGAACCAAGGAAAGCAUUACUACUCAAUGUGGCAGACCUUAUUUGAGAUAGACACCAAAUAUGUACCGAUCAAGCCCAUUGGUCGAGGAGCUUAUGGGAUAGUUUGUUCAUCCAUUAAUCGUGAAACAAAUGAGAAAGUAGCAAUAAAGAAGAUACACAACGUUUUCGACAACCGUGUGGAUGCACUACGGACCUUGCGGGAGCUGAAACUCCUUCGCCAUCUCCGGCAUGAGAAUGUCAUUGCUUUGAAGGAUAUAAUGAUGCCAAUACACAGGAGAAGCUUUAAGGAUGUGUACUUGGUAUACGAACUCAUGGAUACUGAUUUGCACCAGAUAAUCAAAUCACCUCAGGGCCUUUCCAAUGACCACUGCCAGUAUUUUCUUUUUCAGUUGCUCCGAGGACUCAAAUAUCUCCAUUCAGCAGAAAUACUCCACAGAGACCUAAAACCUGGAAACCUGCUGGUGAAUGCAAAUUGUGAUCUGAAGAUAUGUGAUUUUGGUCUCGCACGUACAAACAGUAGCAAAGGCCAGUUCAUGACUGAAUACGUCGUCACCCGCUGGUACAGAGCUCCUGAGCUGCUCCUCUGCUGCGACAACUACGGCACAUCCAUAGACGUCUGGUCUGUUGGGUGCAUCUUUGCUGAGCUCCUUGGCCGCAAGCCAAUAUUUCCAGGAACUGAAUGCCUGAAUCAACUCAAGCUCAUAGUGAACGUCCUCGGCACCAUGAGUGAGGCUGACCUAGAGUUCAUCGACAACCCAAAGGCUCGGAGAUACAUCAAGUCCCUUCCCUAUACCCCUGGUGUUCCCCUCGUAAGUAUGUACCCACAUGCGCACCCUCUUGCCAUUGAUCUGUUGCAGAAGAUGCUCAUCUUCGACCCCACCAAAAGGAUCAGUGUCACCGAGGCUCUCGAGCACCCUUACAUGUCCCCUCUGUAUGAUCCAAGCGCAAAUCCCCCAGCCCAAGUGCCCAUCGAUCUGGACAUAGACGAAAACAUCAGCUCAGAGAUGAUCCGGGAAAUGAUGUGGCAGGAGAUGCUUCACUACCACCCUGAAGUUGCCACAGCAAUAAGCAUGUCAUGAGAGAUUCCACAGCCCCCAGGACAUCAGCGGGGGCUCACCUCUUCUUUUUUUGUCUUUGAUAAAAGCCUACUGCGAGUAGCCGAUUAUUGCGGCACCUAGCUGUUAUAGUACACUUAAUGUCUGCUUGGAACCAAUUAUGGCGCCUAGCUGUUGUAGUACCCUUAAUGUCUGCUUGGACACUUCCGCUUGUGUAAAUACGCGCCCAAUAAGAGCGGCGUAUGGAUAGAUGCUGUCACUAUGGACCAUUACUUGUUGUAUGCACUGUAUAUCUGUGGACUGUUGUGGUGUUGUAUUAGUUCAUGAACCAUGAAGCUUUGAAGUAAAAAUCCCAUGCAUGUUAA